AAUAUAUAUCACAAUAAUUUACUGAAAGAUACGUCAGUUAUUUCGAAUAAAAAACUACAGACAACCAACAAGAUAAAAGAUGAAAAUGAAAUAAAUACUGAUAAUUCUGAUACAGAAAGUGAGAUUAAUUCCAGAAGAAUAAAAUACCUGAAAGGGAUUAAUAACGUGAAUAAAUUAUCAACGGAUUUAUCAACUUUAAACAGCUUUAAUAGCGAAAAUCAAAACGAUAUAUUAAAAGUGACUUCAGAUAACUUAUACACAGAGAUGUCGCAAAGAGAUCAGCAUAAAUCAGAUAUUCUGUCAAAUAUUAACAGAAUAGCCAAUACUAAUAUCCAAGACAAACAUUGGCAUGAAUUAAUUUCUUCAACUGAUACAAAAAUUCAAUCAAUGAUUGAUCAUGAAUCAGAUAUUUUAAAGAAAAAAGAAGCAGUUAAUUCAAAGACUCGCAAUAAUAUUAAUAAAUGGAACACCAAAUUAAAAACAACAACAUCAUCAUCUUCAAACGCAGAAUCACAAAAUAGGAAAAAAAUUGUUGUAAAACCAAUAGUAUCCGCAGAGUCAACAGCCAAUAAUAUUAAUAAAAAUGCACAUGAUUUAAUGCAAGAAAAAUCUGCGUUUGAUCCCACACAUAUCGCAAAAAUAGAUAAACAACAUAGUUAUGGCAAUCAAAAAGCAGAUGUGGCAAAUAUUGGAAGAGCAAGAGCAGAAAUAUCAAACUCUCAACAUUUCAUUGAACAUUUUAAAAAUGACGCAAAAGAAAAGACGCAAUCACAACAAAAUAAAUUGAAACAUCAUAAAAUAAUUACUUCAAAUAUAAAAUUGUCGGAAGGAACCAAUUCUAGCAAAAUGAAAAAUGCACAUCAGGAGUUAUUAAAAGACGUAACGGCAUCUAACUCACAUACAAAAGUGCAACACAAAUAUAUUAGCGAUAUUGUAAAAGAAAGUUUGAAAGUUACUGGUAGCGCCGCAACGUCAGCACAGACGAAGUCUUUCGAAAAAGUUGAGAGUAAAUCUCAAGAACAAUCGCUAAGAGACUCAGUGAAAUCUAAUUCAUAUACGAAAUCGCAAAUAGAAAAUAAAAAUGAUUCAAGUGCUUCGGAAGAACAAAUUAUAACAAGCAUAGAAACAUUAACAAAUUCCGCGAUUUCUAAUAAUCUUAAAAAUGUGCAACAAAACAAGCUAAAUAAGAAUUUAUUAUCUGAUCUAAGACUCCAUGAUACGAGUAAUGUGGACAAUUCAAAUCAUCAUCAAAAAUCAAUACAAACGACAUUUUCCAGUGAUAUGAAAGAACAUGCAGAACAUAAAAACACUGUUAAUAAUAUGGGGAAAAAUUUAAAAGCUGUCACAAAUACCGAGACAUCUGCAAUAUCUUCGAAUAGUACCGAAAAUACUAAUACACAAGACUCAUCACAAAUAUUAUCAUCAUCCAAUUUAUACACUGCAUCACAAAUAGAUAAUGCACAUUCAAGAAAUAUUGCACAAGACGGUCAAGAACGAGUAUUUACGAUUACACAAGCAUCACCGAUAUCAUUAGUAACUUCCGCUAAUAAUCAAGAUAAGCAAAAAGAAAUAUUACACAUUCAAGAUCCUAAAAAUCAAAGUUUAACAAAAACCAGACAUAACAAUAACAACUUCUCACAAAAAGUUUAUGAUGGUAAAGAUGCUACAGUGUCAAGACAAGCAACAAGCUUUAAUAAUGAUAAAAACGAGCAUCAAAAUAAUUUAUUGAAAGCAAAAUCGUUAAUUAAUUCGUUUGCAGACACACAGAGCAUGCAAAACGACGAGUCGAGUAUUCGUAGGAAACAACAGUUAAUUACUACAGAUUCCAUAGCAUCAUCAGAUUCAAAUAUCUCCAGUUGUACUGAUAAUACUAAUAAAAAUGAUCUCGAAAAAGUAACUGGAAUAUCAUCAAGUAAUUCUUACGCAAAAUCUAACGCGCAAAAUAAAAAUCAUGUAGAUAUUGCGAAAAAAAAGCAUACAGAUAUUUUCAACGCAAACAGAUCAGGACAAGCAAUAAUUUCCAGUAAAUUUAAAGAUACGAACCAGGAUAAAUCUCUUCGAACAACAUCUUCAUCUAAUUUAUACACAGAUACAGAAACGAAAAAUAAUAAUACGAACAGUAUAAAAAAAGCUUUGGAUGCUGCUCUAAAUGCGAAAGUAAAAACGAUAUCUUUUAAUGAUAUAAAAAAUAUCGAUCCACAAGAUGUAAUUAAGAAAAGUCUUUCAGAAACAUCGUCGGACUUAUUUUCUAAAGCACAGGCCGAGAUCGCGCAUGAUUCGAAAAUUUUGAAGAAUGACUAUGAAAACUCUGCAAAGGGAAACACAAUUAUUAAAACAAAAAGCAACAAUUACCAUAAUCAACAAGAAGAUUUACAUAAAACGCGAUUUUUGUCAAGUGAUGCUCAAGAUAGCCAACAUAAUAUUAAAUCGAUAUCUUCAAGAAAUUCUUACCUACCAGCUACGAAUGAAAAUAUUGUUAAAAGCGGAAAAUCUAAAAAAGAUGGAGAAACUUUUAACUUAUCAACAUUGGGAAAAAUAAAAAUACACAAUAAUAUAAAAAAAGAACAUUUAAAUAACUGGCCGAUUACGAUGUCAGAUGCUGCUACUCUUGUUGAAGAACGCACAGAAGAUAAGGAUAAGUUUAACAAUUCGAAAACAACUGAGAAAGUUACUGUCCAUACAGAAACAGCAGCAGAAGCAGCAGCCACCAACAAUAUUGAAAGCGAACAACAUGAUAUUCACGUAGGACAUCGAAGCAAAUUGAAAGACAGUUGGAAUGCUGAGACAAAAAUUCAGAAUGCUAUUUUAGAUGCUUCAGCCGAGAUGAUUGCUUUAAAACGGACGAAGAACAAGAGUGAAAGAAAAAGUAUUUCGGAUAAUAAACUGGAAACGCUAUCGUCUAAUGAGGCGCAUGCCAAAACACAAAUAAUAAACAAAGAAAAGAACGACAUUACGGGUACUUCAGAAUCUUCUGUCAAUACUGAAGGAACGCAACGUUUGAUCACAUCUGCAAUGUCAUCUGCAUCUACCUCGAAUAACAUGAAUAUAGAUCUUGGCACAAAAUAUGAUCAAAUUAAUAACAAAAUGUCGACCUCGUCAUUAUUCACUUCAGUAUCAAAAGAUGCUAAAGAAAGAGAGAAACACCUUUCCUCUGUCCAAACAUCUUUGCACUUAUCAGAUAAAAUAAACGGCUGCAAUAAAGAUGUCGAGACUAGAAAAUUCAUUCACCAGGCAACUAACUUGUACAAGAUUCUGGGCAAGGAACAGGAUAGUGAGAUCUUACUGAUGAAAAAGAAUUCCAAAGGACCUGUUCAAAUAGCAGGUUUUAAAAAGAGCAUACCACCGCUUAUUGCGUAUCGAUUAAUUCCACGAGAAGUAUUUGAAAGAAUACGUACAAUACUAGCGAAUAAGCAGAUUUCUUGUACUGAUUGUCCGCUCUCAAAUAGUUAGAAUAAGUUAUUAUACAAUAUACACAUGAUACAUUAUUUAUUAAUUAAAACUAAUUCUAUUUUUGUAAAAUUUUUAUACGACUGUCAAAUAGACUGUUAUUUUAAUACAAUACAUCAUAAUAUAAAUAUUAUAUACUUUAUAAAAAUUCUCUUAUGUCUUUAAUAUAACGAUUAAAUAUAACAUCACCGAUAGAUAUUGAAGUUAUAACUCUCUGAUGUGAAAACAGGCAUAGUACUAUCAUCAUCGAGAUUUAUCAUACACACAUACACAUUAAACAAUUUAUUUAAUAUGAUUGUCAUGAUUUAUAUUGCAUUGUAAAUAAACAUUUACCAGAUAAAAUUUAAAAAAAUGUUAUCCGAUAUACGGUAAACUCUCUGUAUAUAAAAAUGAUUUCAUUUUAUUGCUUUUCUCUAAAUGCACAUUCUAAAAUUUAUGUUGGAAUAAGAAAAAAUCUAUAAUUUUUUUGAGACAUUUGUAAAAUCUGACUGCAAUAAAGCAUUUAUACCUCUAGAUAUAUACACAUAAAGAGCUGAUGACAAAAUAAAAAGCAACCACAUCUAUAAAAAGAUCUUUCUCCUCGGGGGCAGUCGCAUAAACGUAUAGACUGCUUCAUACGUAAAAGUAAGGAUGACCUCGUUCGAAAAAAAGUCUGUUUCCACUUCGGACUUGCAAAGAGCUAGAUAACCGCCGGCGGAUAGAAAAGCGUGAAGCAACAUUAAAAGAUAUGACCUCUUUGGAAAAAUAACAACCGUCGUACAGAUAGCAAACUUUAAAGAGAUCAUAAAACCGAAGAUAUAAUAACUAUUAUUGUUGAAUAAUCCAAAAAAUACGUUGGAUAAUAGAUAUAAUUUACGAGAUACGUGCUUAUCGUUUGACUUAUAAUUAAAGUUUGUGUCACUUAGUUACUACAUAGGUCUCUUUAUGACCCUUAAGCCGAGUGCAGUUUCAUCAUCAUCGACUAUGUCGGUCGUGACCAACAGGAACUGGAAGCACGAAGUACUAUCUUUCUUGUUACACCAUGUGUACGGUCGAAUUGUUAACCGCGGAAUGACAUUUUGCAGAUAAUAACCAUUUAUUUUAUUUUAUGUUUGUAAGGUAGCUGAUAAUGUCAGCGAAUCUGCGAUACCGGCCACUUGAAAAAACUUCUUUAUAUUUCUCGAUACAUCAAAAUAAAGUAUGGAAAUUUACAAUCUUACAACUAGUGUAAAUUUUUUCUUCAAAUAUAAUUUGGGAAAAGAGAAUAGUUUCAUUUAUCCGUUGUUUGAAAGAAAAAAUUGAAAAAAAAAUUUAAUAUAUAAUAAUAAUGUUUUUGCAUGUAAUAAUUUAUACGUAUUUCCUAUCUAAUUAUAACGUAAUUUAACUACAUAUAAUCUACUAUUUGACGGAUUAUCAAAUUUUUGC